UCCGGGCCCCGCGCCAGCGCAUGCGCCCGCCUGUGGGCGCUGUCCCGGCUGCGAGGGCUGCGAGCGCACCGACAGACAGACCGACCGACGGACCGGCAGUCCGCCGGACAGACAGCGCAGGGUGCCGGGACGUGGCGGGACAGCGAUAUGACCGGCCACAUACAACAGCCAAGUGGGCGCGGGAACCCCGGUCCUGCGCCCUCGCCUUCCCCCGGCCCGGGCCCCGGCCCUGGCGCCUCGGAGAGGGUAGCGCUCAAGAAGGAGAUCGGACUGGUGAGCGCCUGUACCAUCAUCGUCGGGAACAUCAUUGGCUCUGGCAUCUUCAUCUCACCCAAGGGUGUCCUUGAGCACUCAGGCUCCGUGGGUCUGGCCCUCUUCGUCUGGGUCCUGGGUGGGGGCGUGACAGCUCUGGGCUCUCUCUGCUAUGCAGAGCUGGGAGUUGCCAUCCCCAAGUCCGGCGGGGACUACGCCUAUGUCACGGAGAUCUUCGGGGGCCUGGCUGGAUUCCUGCUGCUCUGGAGUGCCGUCCUCAUCAUGUACCCCACCAGCCUGGCUGUCAUCUCCAUGACCUUCUCCAACUACGUGCUGCAACCUGUGUUCCCCAACUGCAUCCCCCCAGCUACGGCCUCUCGUGUGCUCUCCAUGGCCUGCCUGAUGCUCCUGACGUGGGUGAAUGGCUCCAGUGUGCGCUGGGCCACACGCAUCCAGGACAUCUUCACGGGUGGGAAGCUGCUGGCCCUGUCCCUCAUCAUUGGCAUUGGCUUUGUCCAGAUCUUCCAAGGACAUUUCGAGGAACUGAGGCCCAGCAAUGCCUUCACCUUCUGGAUGACGCCCUCUGUGGGUCACCUGGCCCUGGCCUUUCUCCAGGGCUCCUUUGCCUUCAGCGGCUGGAACUUCCUCAACUAUGUCACCGAGGAGCUGGUUGACCCUCGCAAGAACCUACCUCGUGCCAUCUUCAUCUCUAUCCCUCUGGUGACCUUCGUGUACACGUUCACCAACGUUGCCUACUUCACCGCCAUGUCACCCCAAGAGCUGCUGUCUUCUAACGCAGUGGCUGUGACCUUCGGGGAGAAGCUGCUGGGCUACUUUGCAUGGGUCAUGCCCGUCUCCGUGGCUCUUUCCACUUUUGGAGGGAUCAAUGGCUACCUGUUCACCUCCUCCAGGCUGUGCUUCUCUGGAGCCCGAGAGGGGCACUUGCCCAGCCUGCUAGCAAUGAUCCAUGUCAGACGCUGUACCCCCAUCCCUGCCCUCCUUGUCUGUUGCGGGGCCACCGCGGUGAUCAUGCUUGUGGGAGACACGUACACACUCAUCAACUACGUGUCCUUCAUCAACUACCUCUGCUACGGCGUCACCAUCCUGGGCCUGCUUGUUCUGCGCUGGAGGCGGCCAGCACUCCACAGGCCCAUCAAGGUGAACCUGCUGGUCCCGGUGGCGUACCUGGUAUUCUGGGCAUUCCUGCUGGUCUUCAGCUUCAUCUCGGAGCCCAUGGUCUGUGGGGUUGGCGUCAUCAUCAUCCUCACAGGGGUGCCCAUUUUCUUCCUGGGAGUGUUCUGGAGGAGGAAACCAAAGUGUGUACACAGACUCACAGAGUCCAUGACACGCUGGGGCCAGGAGUUGUGUUUCGUGGUUUACCCCCAGUGCUCCCCCGAGGAGGAGGAGGAAAAUGGCCCCUACCAGCCCUUCCCACUGCCGGCCACGGACAAGCCCUUAAAGACACAAUGAGACAUUGGUAGAGACUGAAGCAGCUGUUUCUGUUUACAUGUUGUUUAUUGAGGAGGUGUUUUUGCAAAAUCUUUUUUUUUUUUUUCCUGGAAAGAAGAGAUAUGACUCUUAGAGGCCUGUCGUAAGGAAGCCCAGACAAGGUGGACGGGGGGUUUCCUGCCUUAGCACUGCCCUGCUAGCUUUUUCUGAAAAGGCCUACAAAUAAACAGGGCUGGUUGUUUGCUUGUG